CUAGCAGAGCGGCAGAAGAGGCGCGACCCGUCGGGCUUUAAGACCCGGAGGAGGCCGCCGCCGCGGCCCGCCUAGCGAGACUGCUCCGCUGUUGACAGCAGGCGAGGCUGGAAGCAACAGCAGCAGCCGCCCGGGGAAGCACCGCGAGAGGCGCCGGGGCUGCUGCUGCUGCUGCCCGCAGCUCGGCAUGGCCUUCCUGGAGAAGCCGCCGGCUGGGAAAGUGCUGCUGGACGACACGGUGCCGCUGACAGCCGUGAUCGAGGCCAGCCAGAGCUUGCAUUCGCACACGGAGUACAUCAUUCGUGUACAAAGAGGGAUUUCCAUGGAAAAUAGCUGGCAGAUUGUGAGAAGAUAUAGUGACUUUGACUUGCUGAAUAAUAGUUUGCAGAUCUCAGCCCUUAGUCUACCUCUUCCUCCCAAAAAGUUGAUUGGAAACAUGGAUCGUGAAUUCAUAGCUGAAAGACAGAAGGGACUCCAGAAUUAUCUCAACGUAAUUACGUCCAACCACAUACUGUCACACUGUGAACUGGUGAAGAAAUUUUUGGAUCCAAACAACUACUCUGUAAAUUACAUUGAAAUUGCCUUACAGCAUGUUUCAAUGUUCUUUCGGUCAGAGCCAAAGUGGGAAGUUGUAGAGCCAUUAAAGGAUAUAGGUUGGAGAAUACGUAAGAAAUACUUCUUAAUGAAGAUUAAGAAUCAACCAAAAGAACGGCUAGCUUUGAGCUGGGCUGACCUUGGCCCUGACAAAUACCUUUCAGACAAAGAUCUUCAGUGUGCUGUAAAAUUCCUUUCUUCAUGUUCUCAUCCCUAUAUUUACAGAGUCACUUUUGCAACAGCUAGUGAAUCUUCUGCCCUGGUAAUUAGACCAUUCAAUGAAAAAGGAACGUUGAAAGACCUGAUAUAUAAGGCAAAACCAAAAGAUCCAUUUUUGAAGAAGUACUGCAACCCGAAGAAAAUUCAAGGUCUUGAACUGCAGCAAAUUAAAACAUUUGGCCGACAGAUACUAGAGGCCUUAAAGUUCUUGCACGAGAAAGGAUUUCCAUAUGGUCACUUACAUGCUUCCAACGUAAUCUUGGAGGGGGAUACGUGCAGGUUGCUGGACUUGGAGAAUUCAUUGCUGGGGCUCCCAUCCUUCUAUCGGUCCUAUUUUACACAGUUCCGUAAAAUUAACACUUUAGAAGCUGUUGAUGUGCACUGCUUUGGUCACUUACUUUAUGAAAUGACAUAUGGGAGACCCCCAGAUUCUGUUCCGGUGGAUGGAUUUCCUCCUGCACCAUCCGCAUCUGUAGUGACUGUCUUGGAAUCCAUCCUUUCUCCUGAAGCCACGAAGAACGCCAUGCCAACCGUCUCUCGGCUCUUACAAAUGCCGUUAUUUAGUGACGUCCUUCUAACAAAUUCAGAAAAAACACAGUUUAAGAUUCCCUCCAAAUUAAAAGAGGCAUUGAAGACUGCCAAAGAAUGCAUAGAGAAGAGGCUAGUAGAAGAACAGAAACUGAUUCAUCAGCACAGAAGACUGACAAGAGCUCAGUCUCACCACGGUUCAGAGGAAGAGAAGAAAAAGAGAAAGAUCUUGGCACGAAAGAAGUCCAAACGCUCUGCCUUCGAGAGUGGGGAAGAACACACCAUGAAAUACAGCAACUCAAACAAUUCAGCAGGCUCCGGGACCAGUUCUCCGAUGACGUCGCCGUCCUCUCCUGUUCCUCCUUCCACAACAGGAGGGGCCUCAACAAUUCCUCCACCGCCUCCACCACCAGCAGCUCCUCCCCCGCCUCCUAAUUUGGACGUGCCAACACAGACUGACUCACGGCCUGUUGACAGCACAAGCCAGAGAGCCUUACUCAGUUCAAUUCAGAAUUUUCAGAAAGGAAUCUUGAAGAAAACCAAAACCUGCGACUACAGUGCUCCUAAAAUUAGCUGAAACGGUUCACACCAACCCAGCUUGGAUAUACUUGGUGUGUUCUAGGAACAGAAACUUCUCUGAGAAUUUGAUUUUAACCACAGCCUCGUGGUUUCUUUUUACAGCUGCUUGUUUAGAGUCAUUUCAAGCUUUUUCUAGAUAGAUCUUUUCAGUGAGUAGCAACACUAUUGCAGAUUGCAUUGGAGAGAUGGUGGUGUGAAAAAUAUCAAUUCCAGUUUAAAGGAACCUUUUUUAAAGGGAAUACUGUUUUGGGUAGGCAGUAAACUUCCUUCUGAUUGAAUCGAAAUAAGUAUUUCAGCCAUUACACUUUCUUGGCCCUGGUUUUUCAGGGCUUUUAAAAGCCUAAGCCUGGAAUAUAGAUGUUCAAAACAUUUUGGUUUAACUUUUCCUAAAAUUCACUUAAUCUGAGAGUUAUAACACUGAUAAGAAAGUUAAAACCGCAUCUCUCCCUACAGUGUAUUGUUACCUAUAGAUUACUCCUAAUGUUAUUAAAUCCUCUAUUAAAAUGACCCUACUUGGAAGAAUGUACAGUUCUGGAAUUAGUUUGGUAUUUGAGCUAUUUUGCAUUUAUUCAAACAGAGGGUUUUUCACCGAACCAAACUUUUACAAGACGAAUUUGUUGAGCUGGGAAUUGAUGGAGCUACGUAGCCUAAUAGAAAAUGUCCUUUUCAGAUUUACUCAGACCGUUAAAUUGCACUUUAAAGGAUUGUUGGGGAUCCAUUUUUAAAGUCGAAUAUACAUCAUUGUGUGUUACUAUGCAGAGAAUGUCAUUGUGUAUAGGAGUUCAUGUAACCUGUGAUAUACUCAGUCAUAUUUUUAUUAAAAAUAAAUGUCAAUGGCAUUUCAUUCGUGUUAAAA